AUGAAUGAAUCAGAUGAUGACACUCCUGCCCUUGAUACUCAAGUAUUCUCUCCUAAUCUGACAAAAGAGAAAGAAACAAGUGAGUCACCUGCUGAGAGGCCAUCCAAUCCUAAUCAAGAUGGAAAACCAGAUGAUGAGAUUGUGAGAGAGAAAUUAACAAGGGAGUCACCUGCUGCUCAGAGUCAAGUUUCGCAGAAAGAAACAGUGGAAAUGAAUGAGACACCUUCUUCUCCAAUAGCUCCAAAGAGUAUUGAAACUCCCGUUUAUACUCCAAGUCAGACUCAGCAGAUUGAGAGAGAGCCAUCGGAUGACACGCCUGCCCUUGAUAGUCAAAUUUUCACUCCUAAUCUGACAAAAGAGAUUGUGAUUGAGUCACCUGCUGCUUCGCAAAAAGAAACACUGGAAAUGAAUGAGACACCUUCUUCUCCAAUAUCUCCAAAGAGUAUUGAGGCUCAAGUUUUUACUCCAAUUCAGAAACAGCAGACGGUAACAGAGGGAACGUAUGAGGCUACAAAACCAUUAACUGAGAUCAUUUUAGCAAACAAUAAAAAGGAGGAUACACAUGCUGUGCAUCACACACCUUCCUCUCCAUUGUCUUCACUAAUUGCACUAGUUAUUGAAGAAAAUAAGAAUGCUUUGAGUGAGACAGAAACUGCGACCCAAUAUUUUUCUCCAAGUGAGGGAGAGGAGACACAAUCAAGCAGAAAGAAUCAAGCAGAAGAAAAUCUCAAGGAUACUACAAAACAUACAACUGAGCUAGUUUCCACAGAUGUUUCGAAGACACAGCCUCUUACACAGCCUCUUACUCAGCAAACACAACACCUUCAGACAAGUGAGGGAGAGCAAUCCGAUGAGACACCAUCAGAGCAGAAUCAAGCAGAAGAAAAUCUCAAGGAUACUACAGAACCUACUACUGAGCUAGUUUCCACAGAGCCUACUACUGAACCUACUACUGAGCAUGUUUCGAAGAUACCGCCUAUUACUCAGAAAACAGAGCAUCUUCAGACAAGUGCUAUAGAUUUUUCAGAAACAAACGAGGUUGAAGUAAGCAGGCUUCUAGCUCACUUUCAAAUAGGCGCAGAGGUUGAGAUUUUGUCUACUGAUGACGAAAUAUGGUAUCCAGGAAAGGUUGUUGAUCUUAAACUGUGUGAAGGACUAGAGGAGCUGACAGUUGAGUACACGACACUCUUCGCAGACCAACAUAGACUUCAGAAACUUCAGGAUACUAUCACGGCUGACAAAAUACGUCCUGCAACACCAACUAGUGACCAAAAAUCCUUUGAGAUGAUGGAUAAGGUAGAAGUCUUUUACAACAAUGGCUGGAGCAGCGGACAAAUUAGCAUGGUACUUGGUGAUAACACAUACUCGGUGUGUCUCUAUACUUCUAUGGAAACUAUUCUAUUCAAACAUUCAGAUUUGCGAAUUCAUAGAGAAUGGAAAGAUGGAGUCUGGAAGAUGGCAGAUAAGGUGAAGCCUGAUAAGAAAAGGAAAGCUGCUGCCUCAUCACAAAAUUCAGGAAUGGAUAAUGUUUUCCUAAGAAGGAGCGAGAGGGUGCCUAAACGAUCUAGAGACACAAAAACUCCAUUCAAGUCUGAAAGAAAUCCGGCUUUAACUGUAAUACAUGAGAUUAUACCUGCAGUUGAUCCGUUUUCAACUCCUGCGGAACAUAAGCUUUCAAGGCUUCAAAAUUGGAUGACAUUAAAGCCCGGCAUGCAUGAAACGUCCCUAUCAAUCAAUGAUAAUAAGAUAAGGAAAUCUUUCUUUCAAAGCAUGGAAAAUGCAAAAAAGGACCUUAAGAAAGAGCACAUUGAUGGAGCCUUUGCAAUGCUAAAUUGCAGAAGAAAUGAGAAUGCUGCUUGGUUCCACAACUACAAGAUUCCAAAGGCGUGCUUCCUACCUAUGGAGUUCUUGCAUUGCUUGCUCUCUCAUGAUUUGGCUUACAAGAAAGAAAAGGUCAAAGGUAAAAAGAUUUUCAACGAUUUAUUUAAAGAUAUUGUAAGAGGGAAGGUAUAUCCAGAGAAGACAUGGGGAGAAGAUGUUGAUGUUGUGUAUGGGAUUACUCUUGGAAAAAAAAGCAAUGUCUGGAUUGGGAUGGAAAUUCAUUUGAAGAAGAAAAGAAUCACAGUAUAUGAUUGUUUUCAAAAGGAAAGCAACAGCAUUGAUAUUCCUCAAGUGAAAAAGUUGGCAGUGUUGAUUUCUGAUCUGCUGGUGGAAUCUUCUGGUGAUGAGGUAGAUAAAGUGAAGAUGAUUCCAUUUGAGGUUGAGCAGGCACAAGGUUUACCCAAGACAAAACAUCCUUUCAACUGUGGGAUAUUUCUUGUCAAGAUUCUGGAGUGCCAGUCAUUGAAGAUAGGAGACAUGACAAAGAUUAAUGAUGACAAUGCAUUGGAGCUAAGGAGAACCUUGUCUUGUGAGAUCUUCAACCAAUUUGUGGAUGAGAGCUUUGGGAAAUGAGAAUGAUGCAUCAAAACAUUUUUUGUUUUAGUUAAGACUCGGUUUUAGUUAUGACUGUUUUAUUUUGUUAUGUUGUUGGCGUCUGGUUACAUAAGAAAGAUUGGAAGGAUAUCAAGUAUUUUUUUGGGUCAUAUAUCUUGGAAGGUUAAAUAAUGUUUCUGGAUGGGUUUCCAGAAAAAAUUGUAAGCUUAAAAUUGUGAUGUUUACAGACAAAAAAAAAAAAAAUUUAGAUCCAAAAAGGAUCGAACACAGAGGGAGAGAGUUUGCGUAUUUGGAUAGUGUGGGAUUUUAGCCACUAGGCAAAGAAGAAUCAUCUGUUAAAGGAUUACAUUUAAUUGUAUUUAACUCUAAACUAUAACACAAAAAAAAAUUAAAAUUGAUUUUGAAUCCACCACUUAUCGAACCCGGGGAUAGAGAGACUUUUGUGUUAUGAAAUGCCUCGGUUUAACCGCUGGUCUGAAGUGAAUCAUCUGUUAAAGAAUAUUACAUAAGCAUACUUAAACCAAUUAAUAUAGGAUAGGUUUCCAAAACCAAUACAUUUCGAUUGGAAAAAGACAAAACUUUUGCCGUCUCAACACUCUCGCCGUUUCUAACUUCUCGAAUCUCACUCGUCUCCGCCUCUCGAAUCUCUCUCUCAUCUCCAUAUCUCUCGAUCUCCGACGAAAACCCAUCUCCAGAACUCUCUCUCUCUCGAUCUUUUACGCGAGCUCUCUCUAUUCUCCGAGAAAAACCAUUUCUAGAGCUCUAUCUCUUUAAGGUAUGUUGCAGAUUCAACCUUAUGUGUGUUUUCUUUCUGAGAGAUUGGUCUCCUGGUUUUUGCUUGUGUAUAGACUUGCUCGUUUUAACCUAAUAUGAUUGGUAGAAUUCUAGUUCAUGUGAAAGCAUGUGUAUAGACUUCAGGAAGGAUUUGUAUUGUUUCAGGAAACCCUUCCUGCAGAUUCAACCUUAUGUGUGUUUUCUUUCUGAGAGAUUGGUCUCCUGGUUUUUGCUUGUGUAUUGACUUGCUCGUUUUAACCUAAUAUGAUUGGUAGAAUUCUAGUUCAUGUGAAAGCAUGUGUAUAGACUUCAGGAAGGAUUUGUAUUGUUUCAGGAAACCCUUCCUGAAACAAGAUGGGAGAUCCAUUACCAUUAAGACUAGCACUGCCUGAGCUGAGAUAUCCGAUUGGAUCAGAGCCAGAGAAGACGAUAUCGAUAAACCAACACUCGAUAGUUGCUUAUAUCAAAACUGUUAAGGAAAUUCUAGGAAAUGAUGAGUUCAACAGAAUAAGAGGGACGUUUUUGGGUCCGGUGAUCAAGCUUGGAGAGAGGUCUUUGAAAUUAUCAGCUAAGAUAGUGCACGCAGUUCUCACCAAAAGCAUCAAGACAGUGAAGAGACACGAAUCCUGGUUCCAUUUUGGUGCUCAGCCAAUGAGGUUCUCUAUAAGAGAAUUCCACAUGGUGACUGGUUUGAAAUGUAGUGGUGAAGCAAGAGAACCACGAGAGGAAACCGAGAGAUUUAAGUGGGACUUUCUAAAAGGGCGUACUCAUACAGUAAAGGAUGUGGAGAAGCAGCUCAGAAACACAAGAGAAGAUGCUUCUGAUGAGAGAUUCUGCCUUGCAAUGCUCCUCCUGAUUGAGAGCAUACUACUACAGAAGAGCCUUCUCGACGGUGGCACAACUUUUACUUUGGAUUAUGUGAAAAUAGCGCAGGAUAUGGAUGUCUUGAUGACAUACCCAUGGGGGAGAACAGCUUAUAAUUUGCUGUUAAAAUCACUUCAGAGAGCUGUCGACAAAAGCCUCGACAAAAACAAUUAUGAUUUGCAAGGAUUCCCUAUGGCAUUUCUUAUAUGGAUACUUGAGUCAGUACCUUUGCUACAGUAUGCAUUCAGUCAAGUGGUUCCUAUUCUGAGCGUUCAACCGUCUACCCCAAUAUUUUUGUGUGAGAAGUACCUUCAAAUAGCUUCUCCACAGCUGAUAGAUGUUCUCCUAAUUGAAAUCAAAGAUCAUGUUAGUUUUUACAUUAUUUUUUUCUUGUUUCUGUUUUGCCUUAUGAUUCUCCAUUUAAAAGCUAAUUAUUUUUUUGGUUUCAGCUUAAGGUCAUAUGCAUCCUACCUCCUAUUCCUAAUGAUCCAGAAGCUGAUGUUUGCAUGGAAGACGAAGCUAAUAAAGAUCUGGAUGACAUGGCCGAUUUAUCCAAGAGAGGUUAUAAGUUUAAAAUUAGAGAUUGGCGAAACAUGUCAGUAGACCUAUACGGUGCUAAUGAACAAAUAAGAAGAGCA